UACGUCUUCCGGGUUAGUUCUUUCUCGUUGGCAUGGUUGUUGGAUGUGUAAACCCACAGAACAUGUGUAAUUAAAAAUUGGAAAACAAGAUGAGUUCUCAGAAAGGUAAUGUAUCUCGGUCGCGGGGCCAGAAGCAUCAAAACACCACUGCCUACAAAAAUGACAAGUACGGAGCGACGGCACAAGUGAAGAAGGCGAACUCAAAGAUCCACGAUGGUCUCUGUCAACACUGUAAGGGUGUUCUUGAGUGGAAAGUCAAAUACAACAAAUACAAGCCACUAACGCAGCCCCGAAAAUGCAUCAAAUGUUCUCAAAAGACUGUGAAGGAUGCAUAUCACAUCAUUUGUAAGCCCUGCUCUCUUCAGCUAGAGAUCUGCUGCAAGUGUGGGAAGAAAGAGGAGAUUGUUAUACCGAUAAACUCACAUCUGGACAAGAAAGAGCCAGAAGAGGACAGUGAACAGACAAAAAAAGGAUCUAGACGAGGGAAGAAGGACAUGGACAGUGAUGAUGAUUUUGAUGAUGACGACUUUGGUGACCUUGAAGAUGAGGAUGAUGAAGACUUUGACUGUGACACAGGUCCAAAGAAAACACAGAGCAAGUCUGCUGCACUCCCAGAUGUGUCCCGAGUUAAUCUUAAAGACUAAACACAGUAAGAGGGUUCUUGUUGUACCACGUGGACGUUUUUAAACUUAUGUACCAAACAAGUUUUCUAAUCAAUGUACAGUAUGAGGAUUGUGAUUUGACCACACUCAGAUUAACUGAUGCAAAUAAACUAAUUGCUGCUG